AUGACAGAUAACACCCAGGAACCUAAAUUUGAAAUUCAUAUUCCUGAUGUGAUUGCUCAUCGCGGUUUCUCUGCUGAAAAUCCAGAAAAUACACUUAUUUCAUAUAAAAAUGCAGUGAAAGCUGGAACCACAGCAUUGGAAGGAGAUAUUCGCUUGAGUAAAGAUAAUGAGAUUGUCAUGAUGCAUGAUUUGACAAUGAACAGAACAUCUACUGGCUUGGGCCCUGUUCGGGAGCAAAAUUGGCAUGGCUACAUUGAUGGUAUUACUACAAAAACAGAGCCUCCUCAACCUAUUCCUCGAUUCAACGAUGUGCUUGAUUACCUUAUUCAACCAGAGGUUAGUGAGGACAAAAAGGGACUUUAUAUGAUUGUCGAUAUCAAGUUUGAUAAUCCCAUUGAAAUUCUGGAUGUCCUCAAGCAAUUACUGGACACUUAUACAGACACAUACCCUCAACUAUUUGAUCGGUUAAUCAUUGGCAUAUGGAAUGUGGAGUUCUUGAAAAAGGCCAAGGAACUGUUUUCCAAAUUUAAGCUUUGUUUCAUUGGACUGUCUGUCACUGCUGCUCGUGCACAUUUCAUUGAUAACGUGGACUUUCUCAGUUUACCCUUUGCCGCUCUCGCUGGACAAGAUGGCCAAUCAAUCAUUAGAGAGGCUCACACAAGACAAAAGCGUGUGUUUACAUGGACAAUCAAUGACCCUGAACAAAUGAAGACUUGUGUUCUAUGGCAGGUGGAUGGCGUAAUUGGCGACAAUGUUACUGUCAUGCUGGAAAAUGUUCAUCGUGCACCCAAAUCAUUGACCAGUAUGAGAGAAUAUCAAGAGUUUGCAGCAUCAGAUACCUACUUGGCCUCCAAACGUAGACGUGCUUACUACUAUCUCAUAACGAAGGCUAUGCAAUUAGCAAGUUGGAAGUUUAUUGGUGUUUAA